AUGAGCGCCCCGGCGGCAGCGGCGGCCCCCGUCAGGCUGAUGCCCGGCGGGCACCCGGAGCAGCCGCCCGCCGGCUCUCCCGCCGGGGGCCCGGCUCCCGCGUGCGGCAGCCCCGCCGCCAAGGUGUCCGGCUGCCCGGCGCCCUCCGCUCCCUCCGCGGGGCCACCGGCGAUGCGUGCGGCUGCUGCGGGGGGCCCGCGGCCGCUGGUGGUACCCAAGGGGCCGCCCACCGCCACCAUCCAGCUGCCGGCCAACUUCCAGCUGCCCCCAGGAACUGUUCUUAUCAGAAGCAGUAAUGGUCAACUGAUGCUAGUAUCUCAACAAGCAAUAGCACGAGCACAACCUCAACCACAAAAUAACACAAGUGUACGAGUGUCUGUACCUAGCAGCACACCUGCAGUGAGAAUAUGUGCUGUACAGAACUCUGGAACCCAGUUAAUAAAGAAAGCAGUACCUACUCCUUUGAAACCAUUAUCUCAAACAACAAAUGCUGUGACUUCUACUGUUCAGUCACCUGCUGUUAUGCAGCCAGCAGCUGCAGCAGCUAGUGUUACUGCAGUUACUGCUGUAAAGCCUUUGAGUACUGGAACACCUGUAAAACUUCCAGUUACAGGACCACCUGCACAAUCCAUCUCCCAAAUGGCAGUCUCUGUGAAAGCAGAGGGCACAACAGUAGCACAGACCAGCACUUCUACAGAGAUGCUAGAGAAUGUGAAGAAAUGCAAGAAUUUCCUUGCUACGCUAAUAAAAUUGGCAUCUAGUAGUGGACCUCAAGCCACUGAGAUGGGGCAGAAUGUGAAGAAUCUGGUGCAAAAUCUAUUGGAAGCAAAAAUUGAACCAGAAGAAUUUACAAAGAAACUGUAUGUAGAGCUCAAGUCUUCUCCACAGCCCUAUUUAGUUCCUUUUCUCAAGAAAAGUAUGCUUGCCUUACGGCAGCUAAUGCCAAAUGCUCAGAGUUUUAUCCAGCAGUGUAUGCAGCAGCCUGCUCCGACCCAAGAAGCCGUUUCAGCUUGUACUUCUGCACUAACUCCUUCCACAGCAGUGGUAACCUCACCUGUAGCAACCAAUUCUCUUCCUGUUAUAAAACCAGUGUCUGCCUCCACAACAGUCACAGCUGCUCCUGUUAUAAAACCAGUCCUUUCCAGUGCAUCAGUGACAGCCUCUCUGCAGGCUAUGAAGCCUGUUCCUGCAUCUGCAGUGGUGACAGCCUCUCUUUGUCCUGCACCUUCUGUCCUCACCACAACAAUAUCGAAAUCAGGGCUCACUGCUAUCCAAACUGUAAAGCCAGUCUUUACCUCUGCAGUAGCAACAUCAUCUCUCCAGUCUGUAAAGCCAGUGCUCGUCUCUACAGUGGCAUCCUCAGCAGCAACCCCUCUCCAGCCUUUGAAACCUGUCAUGGGCACCCCCAUCAGUAUUAAAAUCUCACAGCCCAACUCCAUCGUUGCACAGCCAGUGGCCACUCAGCAGGUGGUUAAAGUGAAACAGUUGGUAGUCCAACAACCACCAGGAACCAUAGUGAAGCAAGUAUCCACACUUCCACAGUCCUCAACACUGACUCUUCAGACACCUGUUGAGAAGAGAAUGCCACUGAAUACGCUUGUUCAAACAAACCAAUUUCCUGCUGGCUCUGUUCUGAAACAAGUUACCCUGCCAGGAAAUAAAAUUCUGUCGCUUCAAGCGUCUCCUCUUCAGAAAAUUAAAAUAAAAGAGAAUGGAACAACAUCCUUCAGAAGAGAUGAAGAUGACAUAAAUGAUGUGACUUCCAUGGCUGGAGUCAACAUUAAUGAAGAGAGUGCAUGCAUUCUGGCAACAAAUUCAGAGCUCAUUGGUACUGUGAUCCGCUCUUGUGCAGAUGAACCUUUUCUGUUUUCUGAAGCACUUCAGAAGAAGAUUUUGAACAUCGGUAAAAGGCAUGACAUUAUGGAACUUAACUCUGAUGUUGUGAACUUGAUCUCCCAUGCUACACAGGAGAGAUUACGAGGGCUCCUAGAAAAACUAACUGUAAUUGCUCAGCACAGAGUAUCAACCCAUAAGGGGAGUGAUACAUACAUUGUAUCUAGUGACACCAGAGCACAGCUAAAAUUUCUUGAAAAGCUUGAUCACCUAGAAAAGCAAAGAAAGGAUGAAGAGGAACGUGAAAUGUUGCUACGAGCAGCCAAGAGCCGUUCCAAUAAAGAAGAUCCAGAGCAUCUGCGUUUAAAGCAGAAAGUGAAAGAGUGAGUCUGUUUGUACUACAGCUGUAGGAAGUUUAAGGUGGAAACUGGGCAAGCCAUUCGGAUUUU